AUACUCAACGGUAUUUAUCUACACACAACUGACGACCUCCACUCCAACUGCCCGGCUGAAACUAUUACAGCAAAUUGCUCUGCUCGUCACUGCACUUUCUCGCCUCUUGGCACGCCAUGCAAGCCUCUCAGACCCAAAGACCGCAGCCUCUGCCGCUGCCGCUGCCACCUCCUCCACUGUGCCUGCCGUCGACGCCCGCCGCCCCUCGCCGCGGGCGCCACCGCAGCUCCUACUCGUCGUCGUCCUCUUCCUCCGUCUCCAGCGCCUCAACCUUGUGCCUGUCGCCGUCGCCGGCCCCGUCCCCGCGCGCCAGCACCUCCUCCCUCGUUCCCUUCUCGUGGGAGCGGCACCCGGGCGUGCCCAAGAACUCGUUCCGCGGCGGCCUCGCCUCCCCCACAGGCAUCCCGCUCCCACUCCCGCCGCCGCUGCAACCGCCCUCCUCUCGCCGCCGGCGCCGACGCCGCCCGCGCACCAAGCUCCCUGCCGCGUCCGCCGCCGGCUCCGACGCCAACGGCGACCCCUUCGUCGCCGCGUUCGCCGAGUGCACCAGGGACGACGACGGCGAGGAUGACGAGGCGGAUCACGGCGCCGACGCCGUGACCGCGGCCAAAGACGACAAGCUCUGGCUGGCGCCGGCAAAGCCAACGGUACCAGGCCGCGCCGGGCGUCCGUGUCGACCUGCCGGCGGCGGGUUCCUCGGCUUCCUGGACCUCUACGGGUGCAAGAGCGCCAUGGCGGUCGCCGACGGCGCCUUCCUUGCCCGGAGGCCCGUCGCAGCACGUCCCGGGCCGGCAAGCCGGACGACACGGAGAUAAGUGAACACAUGGUAAUCUGAUACUCCACCUUUUAUUGAGGUGUGUAGAUAUAUUUGUACCAAAAUGUACUGGAUCAUUGCUCUGCUCUAAUUAGAGUCGUCUGAUCAGCAAAGAACAUAGUCAAGAUCGAUCAGUAUGCCCCCACAUGAUCGACUGAGAUGGCACGACUAGCAUGCAUGAUUCUCUAAUUUGAGCUGUGUGCUAGAUGAAUGAUAUAAUGAAGCCACAUGUAUUUUUAUUUUUUUAAUUACAAGUAGGACGGUCGAUGAUUGUGUGCUGGCUUGCAGGUGGUGUAAUCAUAAUCAUGCAGGUCAUGCCUGGCAAUUACCAAGAGGAAUGAAUAUACUAGUAGCG